CAGACACUGCAUCAGCCAUCAACCGACACUUCAUCUACCAGCUCUCCAAGUCCGCCCUAAAACCCACAACCAGCCCUACGCAAAGAAUGAUGCCUCGCACAGCUCGCGGAAACGGACUUGCCGUCGUCGGCGGCCUCGCCCUGACGGGUCUUGGCGCUGCCGCCUACAACUUCCUCAACAACAAGCAGCUGACGUUCCAGCUGGACAGCGACAAGAAGCUCGGCAACUACACCUCCAGCGCGGUCCUGUUCCGCAGCUCCGCCCCUACACACCCGUGUCAGCACGAGCUCCAGCGCGGCUCCUGCGACUUCGUCAUUAAGCGCUACGACGACGGGCAGGUGUCGCCGGCACUGCAUGAUCUGGGGCCCGGCGACAAGGUCGAAAUGUGGGGCCCAAUUCCCAACUUCUCGUACAAGCCUAGCGAAUACACAGACAUUGGCAUGAUUGCCGGCGGCAGCGGCCUGACGCCCAUGUUCCAGCUGAUUAACAGGGUUGUCAAUGACCCGAACGACAAGACGCGCAUUACGCUGGUGUUUGCAAACAAGAGCAAAGACGAUCAUCCAGACAAGUUCAAGGUCCACUAUGUUCUGACAAAGGCGUCCGAGGACUGGACUGGCGAGCUUGGCUAUGUCGAUAGAGAGAAAAUCCAAAAGUACAUGCCGCCUGCAUCGACAAACUCGCUUAUCGCGGUCUGCGGUCCCCCGGCCAUGAUGAAGACUGUCUGCGGCAGCAAGCCCAACGAGCUCGGGUACAAGAACGUGUACAAAUUCUAGACAUACUACGUGCAAGAUACAUAUUCCUGACCUGCACCCUCAUAGACUCCUUCAUGCCGAUUCCACGAUACCUUUAUUUUGCAACAACAAUUCUGACGCUUCCUUAUUUAGGUCUGUGUAUUGGUCAUGAGCGCCAAUGCGUCUAGUGAGUCCAAAAAGUGCGAGCCAGGAUCCUGGUCAGAAAGAACCUGCAAAAGAGGCGACAAGGCCCAUCCAUGCACAGGCAAUCUUGGCGACGAGGGCUGGCCCUUUCAGCAAAUAGAACACUACUAUCUUGUGCUUGCCAAU